AACAUAUAAAAGCGCGGGUGUUUCAUCGUGCGUCUCGCCGCGCCAGACACGCCAACAUCACCGACUACCGACAGCAUCUGACUUCAGAUGGAUCUCUUCAAAAUCACCAUUAUUUUAUUGUGCGCUUUCUACCCAGUUCAAGGGUGGUUCUUCAGUGUCUUCAAAACCCGACGUGUGUGUUAUGAAGGCUACAAGCUCGGAUGUUUUUCUGCGGCCGCUCCCCACACAAACACUAACUACCUGCCCCGGUCACCGGACAGCCUGGGGGUCAAGUUCAAGUUCUUCAUCAGCCCCAGUAUCUACCACACACUCGACCUCAAGUACAACCUCCGGCGUCUUCAGUCCAAAAACGUCUUCCGGCCAGAUCUGCCCACCAAGGUCAUAAUCCACGGCUUAAUGACAGGAGAUAACCCAUGGGUGGAAAGCAUGGUGAAGGAACUCUUGAAAAAGGGCUCCAUGAACGUGGUCGUCGUGGACUGGAGAAAAGGGGCAAGCGUGUACGACUACAAUCAGGCAGUGGCCGAUAUCAGGGUGGUAGGCGCCAUGACAGCUAGACUGCUCACCAAACUUCAGGAACAUGGCGCAGACUCGGCAACCUUCCAUUUGAUUGGUCACAGUCUCGGCGCCCAUAUCGCAGGGUAUGCCGGGAGCAGGAACACUGUCACUGGUCAAGUCGGACGCAUCACGGGCUUGGACCCCGCUGGGCCGUCGUUCGAGGAUACGAAUCCCACGGUGAGGCUGGACCCGACUGAUGCAGCAUUCGUUGACGUCAUCCACACCGACACGGAGCCGUUAACACACAUGGGCAUGGGCAUCAAGCAGCUGAGCGGCCACAUGGACUUUUACCCUAAUGGCGGCGUAGACCAGCCCGGAUGCCCCGCCCACAUCGCUUACAUGCUGGUUACACUUCUGUCGGGGAAAUCAAGUUUCAUUGGAUCGUUUGCCUGCAGUCACAUGCGAGCGGUUUACAUAUUCACCGAGUCAGUUAACUCCUUGUGUCAAUUCAAGGCGACCCAGUGUUCAUCAAACACAAAUCUCACCGCCAGUGCCUGUAUCCGAUGUCCUCAAACCGGAUGUCCACAAAUGGGCUUCUACGCAAACUCAUACAAAUCUCCUGGGAUAUAUUUCAUAUCAACACGAGAUAUAGCACCAUUUUGUUUAUCAUAACCAGCCCUUUAGAAAUGAAAUAUUUGUAUACGAACAUCAAAAUAGACGCAGGCGAAUUUUAGAAAUUUUCCAUUUAGACAUCAUACGUUUACACCUGCUGUUUUGUUAGACAAUUAAACGCAUCAGUUCAUAAUUAUGCCACAUAUUCAUUCCUAAUUGUUGUUUGGUUGGAAGUCAAGUAUCUUCAUUGUCACAUUCUCUGGUUCGCCCCUGCAUCAGGUGCGUGGUUGGAAACAUUGUCCUCAUCGCCAUGUUCAUAACUCACAAACGACCAUUGUCACUACAAACAAAUAAAAAAUACAAAUUUAAAA